AUGAAACCUCAAUUAGUACGGGUUGUUGUGUCUUCCAAGAAAGAUUUACAAGGUUCUAAUCUUCCGCAAGCUGGAAGUGGAAAUUUCACUCAAACAAUACAUCCAGUGGUUCAUCCCCGAAAUUAUUUUUCACUUCAACUGGUGAACCCAAAUACAUCUCCAACAAAUAUUGUUACACCGUCUCGUAUAUUUAUGAAUUCAACAUCACCAACGUUUAAUUUACAUGAUGAAGUAUUAGCACAAAAAUCAAAUAAUUCACCAAUUAAUAACCGUGUUCAUGGGGUAGUUUUCAGUCCAUCAUCUGUGGUUAACAUACCUAUUAAUAAAUCUGGUCUAAGUGAAAUUGCUCCAACAUUCAAUACGUGUAACAGUUCAGCUGUUCCACAACCAACAACGUUGCGUGAAAAUAAAAAAAAAGUUGAUUCUCUUUGCUAUGAACAACCGCAACGAAAUAAAAAGCUGUCAAAUAAAAAGCUAAAACUUGAUAAUACAGAUGAAAGAGCACUUAAACGUAGUAGAAAUUGGACUGAACAGGAAGUAAAAACGUUUAUCACAAUAUGGGGUGAAUAUUAUUCAAAACUUAUGUCAGGAGGAUCGAGAAAUGCUCCCAUUUAUCAAGCAAUGACCGACGACCUGAAUGAACUCUUACAAGGUCGUUCUCUUACGAGCACCGAAGUAAAAUCAAAAAUCGGCAAUCUAGUGGCCGAGUAUCGUCGACGAAGAAAAGAAUUGGGUCGCACAGGCGGUAGUUCUUCAACAUGGCCAUUUUAUGAAAUGAUCGACAAAAUACUAGGAGAACGGCCAUAUAAUGAUGAUACUUUAUUGACAGACUCCAUGAACACGGAUGAACAAACUCAACAAGACAUGCCUCGACCAGAUCUUAAUUCGACUCAAAUAUCAGUACCUGUUCAUGAUUCAGUAUCAUCAUCGGCAGAUAUUAAUGAACCACAAAGUUCUGCAAAUGUUAAUUCAAAUACUCCAGUAGAAUCUUCAAAUGUUUCUGCUGUUUCAAAAGUUGAUACCCCACGGAACAAAUAUUUGUCGAAACAAAAAAAAAAUAAACGAGUAUCCGAAAUAAGAGUGAAUUUACUAGAAGACUUGAUUGGUAAAAUUGAUGCUUCAAACGAAAGUGCAGCACGUUGUGAAGAAAAAGUUAUUGAAAUAUUACAACAACAAACUGGAAUUCAACAGCGAAGUGCUGACAACGAAACUGAAUUUCUGAACAUCUUUAAAACUCUUGUUAAUAGUAUGAUAGCCAAUCGAUAG